UUCUGCCUCACCCCCAGUUCCGGCCGGCCUCCCCAGCUCCAGGAGCCCCAAACACAAGUUCCAGAAGCCAGCACGGAAAGCACAGCCGGACUCUCGAAGGCGUGGGAACCGGAGCGGGGCGCUCCUCCUCCCAGGUUGGGCGGAGCCGGGCCUCGCUGGGCAAGUGCGUGAGGCCGCGCCGGGCGCUCAAUCGCGGCGGGCGCUGCUGCGCGGUGCGCGGGGCCAGGGGAGCGCUCGCACCGCUCUGGGGUUGAGCCCGGCCAGGGUCCGCGCGCGGAGCCACGUCGGAGCGCGCCGUUCCGACUCACCCAGGCGCUUUGCCCCGCCCCGCCGUUCCCGCCAGUGGCCUAACCUGCUUGACUCGCCGAACUAGCCACAGCUCCCGGCGGCAGCAGGUGGCCUCGGACUCGCCGCCGUCACCGCUGCCCGAGCGGGCCGCGCGGCCCGGAGCCCUCUCGGUCGCCCCCGACAGGCGGGAUGGAGCCGGACGGGGACCUGGAGGAGCUGGCCCGGCUGCGCUCCGUCUUCGCCGCCUGCGACGCGAACCGCUCGGGGCGCCUGGAGCGCGAGGAGUUCAGCGCGCUGUGCGCGGAGCUGCGCGUGCGGCCGGUCGACGCCGAGGCCGUGUUCCAGCGGCUUGACGCCGACCGCGACGGCGCCAUCACCUUCCAGGAGUUCGCGUGCGGCUUCCGCGGGGCCCACCGCGGGAGACGGCGCUGGGGCCGGGGGCCGCGGGAGCCCGCGUUCACUGCGGCCCUGGUGGGGUCCGAACCCGGGGACAGCCAGGAGGACGAGGGCGACGAGGACGCGGCGGCGGCACUGGCCGCCCACUGGGACUCGGCGAGCCCGGGCCAGGCUUGGCAGGACUUCCAGGCGCGACUCGGGGACGAGGUCAAGUUCAUCCCCAGAAAAGAGCAAGUUAGUACCUUGUAUCAAAACAUCAACCUCGUGGAGCCAAGACUAAUUCAGCCAUAUGAACAUGUUAUAAAGAACUUCAUCCGUGAGAUCAAACUUCAAAGCACAGAAAUGGAAAACCUGGCCCUUGCAGUGAAGAGAGCCCAGGACAAGGCAGCCAUGCAGUUGAGUGAAUUGGAAGAGGAAAUGGAUCAGAGGAUUCAGGCUGCAGAACACAAGACACGGAAAGACGAAAAACGCAAAGCUGAAGAAGCCCUCAGUGACCUCAGGCGUCAGUAUGAAACAGAAGUGGGAGAUCUACAGGUGACAAUAAAGAAACUCAAAAAGCUAGAAGAACAAUCAAAACACAUAAGUCAAAAGGAAGAUGUAGCUGCAUUAAAAAAACAAAUUUAUGACUUAUCAAUGGAAAAUCAGAAAGUUAAGAAAGAUCUUUUAGAAGCACAGACAAACAUAGCCUUUCUUCAGAGUGAAUUAGAUUCUUUGAAAAGUGAUUAUGCUGAUCAGAGUCUGAAUUCUGAAAGGGAUCUGGAAAUAAUCCGAGAGUACACAGAAGAUCGAAAUAGUCUUGAGAGGCAAAUUGAAAUACUCCAAACAGCUAACAGGAAACUGCAUGACAGUAACGAUGGCCUAAGGAGUGCCCUUGAAAACAGUUACAGCAAGUUCAACAGAUCCUUGCGCAUAAAUAAUAUAUCACCAGGGAAUACAAUUUCCAGAAGCAGUCCUAAAUUUAAUGCUCAUUCUCCUCAACCUCUGGGCUAUGACAGGUCAUCCCGCUCUUCCUACAUGGAUGAGGACUGUGACUCUCUGGCCCUCUGUGAUCCCAUGCAGAGGAUAAACUGUGACAUUGACAGCCUGCCCGAGAGCUGCUUCGACAGUGGCUUGUCUACCCUGAGAGAUUCCAAUGAGUAUGACUCGGAGGUGGAGUAUAAGCACCAGAGGGGAUUCCAGAGGUCACACGGCACACAGGAGAGCUCUGGGGGUGAUGCUUCAGACACAGACGUUCCUGAUAUAAGGGAUGAAGAGACGUAUGGCUCAGAAGGCGUGGCUUCCAUCCUGGACUGGAAGCCGCAGGAGUCUGCUAGUGAAGGAAGUGUCAUCAGCUCCUUGAGAAAGCCCAUCUCAGCACUUACACCACAGACAGACAUGGUGGAUGAUAACCAUAAAUCUUCCAGCUCACAGAAGGCUUACAAGAUUGUGCUGGCUGGGGACGCUGCAGUAGGAAAGUCAAGUUUGCUCAUGAGACUUUGCAAGAAUGAAUUUCGAGGAAACACAAGUGCCACUCUGGGAGUUGAUUUUCAAAUGAAAACUCUCAUUGUAGACGGAGAGCGAACAGUACUGCAGCUCUGGGAUACCGCUGGCCAGGAGAGAUUCAGAAGUAUUGCCAAGUCUUAUUUCAGAAGAGCAGAUGGUGUUUUGCUGCUGUAUGACGUUACGUGUGAGAAAAGCUUUCUUAAUGUACGAGAAUGGGUAGAUAUGAUUGAGGAUGCAGCCCAUAACAGCAUUCCUAUCAUGUUGGUAGGAAACAAGGCUGAUCUUCGUGAUGCUGCUGAAGCGGAAGGACAAAAAUGUGUCCCAGGGUACUUUGGAGAAAAACUGGCCAUGACCUAUGGGGCAUUAUUUUGUGAAACAAGCGCCAAAGAUGGUUCCAAUAUAGUGGAAGCUGUUCUCCACCUUACUCGGGAAGUGAAAAAAAGAACUGAUGAGGAUGACAGCAAAUCCAUUACCAAUCUGAGUGGGACCAGUUCCAAAAAGUCAACCCAGAUGAAGAAUUGUUGCAAUGGUUAAAUCCAAAAGAUCCUUGGCCCACGAAGCCUUCAUUCCCAGAGUACUGAAUGUAUGUGACUUCUUUGCUUCCUACAUGGAGUGGUACGUCCUACAGGCCCUGUCGUAUGGAGAGUUACAGUGUGGGAAAUCUGAACUGUGUUCUCAGGUCCCUCCAGAACCUCGGCUCUUUUUUGCUAUGUUUCAAUGAGUGAUUUGGGCCCCCUGGUUAAAUAUACCUGUCUUAUCCUUACAAAGUCUUAACAGAUAAUGUGUAAAUGUUUUUAAAGCGGUUAAAUAAAUAAAAAAAAAAGCACAUGCUCAGAUCAAAGCUAUAGAAGAAAUUCACGUAAUUAGGUUCAUGUGGUAAAUAACCUAUGACAUUUACUUCCAAUAUUCAAUACUAGAAAACUAAUAAUAGGGGGUUACCAUCCUAGCUUUGCUGUAAACUAGCCUUGUGGUCUCAGACAUGCUGCCAACCCACAUUAGAUCCAUUUCCUCAUCUGUAAACAAGCAGCUUAGCCUUUCAGGCCUCGGCCCUCUCAACUCGUAGCUGUUUAAGGAGUGAGAAGGAGAGCAUGAUGGCCCACAGUUAAUAAGGACUCUGCUCGUCUGUACUUUUUAAAUAUUGGGGUAUUAAUUUUUCUCACUUCUUGUACAAGAACAGAAUUUGAGAAAAAUGGUAAUAUUUUAAGCUCCAGUGGAGACAGAAAAAUCUAUUUUUUAUGUAUAAAGAAAGAAAACAAAAUAGUUGUUUUGGGGGACAAAAAUAGUUUGUAUAUACAAGAGGGUAGUUUUUAAUCUCAGAAUACUUAAAAAGUCAAUGGUUUGAGUUCACUGUUAAAAAUUCUAAUGAAAAAAUAUAAAGCUACAUGCAACUGAAAAUACAAUGCCCAGGAAAGUUGUCACACUUCACUUAAAAAAAAAAACACCAGCAAGAGACUGCCAGGGGCUGGUAAAAGGGAGGAAUUGAGAGUGACUACUAAUGGGUCUAUAUGGUUGCUUUGCGGGAUGAUGAGAAUGUUCUGGAAUUAUAUUGUGGUAAUGUUGCACAACUUGGUGAAUAUACUAAACCUCACUAAACUGUAUACUUUAAAUGGUGAAUUUUAUGGUAUGUGAAUUAUAUCUCAUUCAAAAAAUACACUAGUAUUGAUUUAACAUUUUGCCGAAUGAAAAUAUGCAUGCUCAAACCUCCCCAUGGUUUACCCAUGGUUUAAGAGUAUAAUCUCCAGAAAAACGCAAAUCCCCUAACUCCCUGGUUGCCAGCAUUCUCCUCCUUAAAUAAUGAACAGUGAAAGAAAUGUUAUGUGUAGUUUUGGAAAAUCACCUCUUUUGAAGAGGAGUUGUGGUUAGGGUACAGGUAACUCAGAGUCCUUGGUUUCAGGUGAUUAGGGACUCAUCCUCACCAACAGCCUGAUAGGUUUUGCCCUCCUAGAAGCUGUACUGCCUCCCAGACUUCCCCACUGAAAUGUCUCCAAAAGCCAAAGGAGUCAGUACCUGACCCCAGGGUGGGUCAGCAAGGCAUGCUCUUUGGUUUUUGGUUUUGGUUUUCAGUGGCCUGAACCAGCUAAGUUAUUCCCAACUAGCGUCUUGAACUUACCUCUGUUCAUAGGUCCAGGCCCCAAGUAGCCUGCUGAAAAAACUUAAAUAAUAGCUCUUAUUUAUUGUAAUACAUAAGCUAAAAACAUCCCUCUUGUAGAAUUAAAACAAUUCUAUUUAUGAUUUUUAUGAUCAUGUUAGCACACAGAGAUUAUAAUUAGCCACAACGUCCGUUUAGCUUUUCAAAGCGUGCCUUCUCUGUACUGGUGAGAUCUAGUUGGGUUUGUUUUUUGUUUUUUUUUUUACUGGAAAGUUGGUUCUGUCCUCAACAACUCUACCAUGGAUUCCUGUUUUCUGGUUUUUUUGGUCCCAGGAGAAAAAAAAAGUUUACAUUUUUUACCAAAAAGAAUGCCUUGCUGGUGGGGAAUUGUCAAACUGAAACAGGGAGGGAUGGUUAUUUUUGUGCCAUGGUGUGAUGAAAGUUUUGCCACUGCUGUUUGCCUAGGUGGCAUCUAUGGAGCCUAGGUUAGAAUAGACCUGACACCUAUGUGUUGACAUAUGGUACUCAAGUUUAGGUGUUUGGUGCAGUUGCACAAAACUGUGUUAGUAUACAUGUUAUUGUGUUGUCUUUAUUUAUUUUCCCACAAAGUGUCUAUAUUUGUCUUACAAUCUGUAUAUAAUAGUAUACCUUUGAUACAGAAGUAUUAUCUUGGUCUUUGCUUCUGGGUUGUACAGCCAGUGCACCCAAAUUGAUUAGAUUACAUAGGUGCCUGUGAUAAACAAAGCAAUCAUCUUUAACUAAUUGAACCUGAAUAGAUAUUUUUGCAACAAAAUCCAAAUUAGAGACUUAUAGCUCCAUUAGAGACUUAUAGCUCCGGUUAGCAAUCUUGUUUAAAGAAAAGCUACUUAUAGCUCUUUCAGUUGCCUUGCUAGGAAACCAAUAUUAUUACUAACAUUUGACUUCGUGAAGGUGUUCUCAAAUUUAGAGUAUAUUUUUGGUAAGAACAAAAAUAGCUAAUGUCUUUAACUUGAACUUAAUUUGCUACACUUGCAUAGUUCUAUGCAAGUGACUCACCUUGUCUCAAUUUUUCCUUGGAGAGCUUUUAAAAUCACAAUUAAACUACACUCUUUUUUAUGUAUCCUGACACAAUGGAUAAUAUUUUAAUUUUGUCAUGGAAAAGAAUAUUGACUAUGGAGACAUUUUUCACUGUUAACUUUUAGCCUCAUGCAUUUUCAUAAUUUAUUUUUUCCACUUGCUGCUUUAUAUGACAUAUGUGACAUUUGAUUAUUUAAUACUAAAUGUGAUUUGCAUGAAGCCAAACCGUACAACCCUCUUGCUGAAGAUAAAAUUGAGUUUAAAGAUAUUUAUUUUCAUAUUUGUACUGUGAUCAGCUUCAGAGUCACGUUUUUUGUGGAUUUUUAUUGUAUAUGUGUAUGAGAAAUUUCAUAUGUAUAUAUUAAGGCCUCUGAGUACUGAAUAAUUAUUUUAUAAUUUUGAUUUACAUGGUUUACAUUUUCAUGGUAUCGGCUAUAUUUCAUUUAUACUGUUUAUUUCUCUUCAAACCAUUAAUAAUUAUCCCAUAAAGUGUAAUUUUUAUAGCAAUGCAAAUGUCUAAGGAGCUACAAAUAUUUUCUACAUCAUAAAUUCAAUAAAGCAUGCUUGCUUU